AUGGCGACUAUUGCAGGUAUCAGCGGCAAUCAAUACAUCCCAGGGGCGAAAGAAUACGACGAUGUCAAGUAUCAGUAUGCUACGUCAACUUACGGCAAAGAGCGCGAUCUCAACCCGGCGUUGAUUGUACAGCCCAAAACUAAGGAGGAUAUCGUGCUAACUUUGAAAUAUGCGAAGGAGAAGAACAUUGCGGUAGCCGUGAGAACCGGCGGCCAUCAAUAUAGCGGAGCUUCAUCUACGAGCGCCCCGAAUAUCCAGCUUGACUUGGAAAAUUCGUUCCAAGGAGACGAUGACCGAACCAUCUUCGAAAAGGAUGGAAAAUCCUAUGCUCGUACCAGCGUCAGCUGGAGCCUAGGAGAUUUCAACGCCUGGCUCACCGAAAACAAGCUUUUUGUUCCUCAUGGGCAGUGCAUCGAUGUUCAUGUUGGUGGGCAUCUUCAAACUGGCGGUUAUGGCCAAUUAAUCCGUAGCUUCGGCUUAUUUGGUGACCACGUGCUUUCCCUUGAGAUCGUCGAUACGGACGGGAACUUCAAGGAAGUAACUAGGGAGACCGACCCCGAUCUAUUCUGGGCAUUCCUAGGCGGUAGUCCGGGGAAUCUGGGCGUUCUGACCCACUUCACCAUCCAGCUGCAUCGCGACCAAGAUUACAACGGAUCUAGGGGCAUGAAAGCGUUGUAUUUCUACGAUACAGAGACUUUGAAGCGUCUCACAGAUAUCCUGGUUGAGAUGUCGGACAACGAAAAUUUCCCGCGGAAUUACGACUUCUGCAUCAGCGUCCUUAGUUCCGCUUUCCCCCUUUUGGACUUAUGUCCCGGUUUGGAUGAGUGGAUGGCGCGAGCACAUCCAGAGUUAUAUGGUAAGGACGGUAUGAUUGCAUGGCCUCGCACUAUCGUCGUGUUCGCGCAGUGGGUCCCGCUCGAGAGCGGCGACGUGUGCGAUAUGUCAUGGUUCGACCGCAUUAAGGAGGGGUCUGACUGGAUCUUGGGUGACAGCGACGUUGAGGAAAAGCCCAUGUCUCAGCUAACGGGUGACUGGAUCUUCCGAAACGUGCGCGAGUUCGAACAUCCGUAUGUCAAGCGCACUUAUGUGACGAAUUCGCGUACGCUCGCCGCGGAUAAGUGGUCGGAGUGGAUGGUCAAGCGCAUCGAUGAUAUCGUGCGGCCCGAGCAUAACCGGUGUUGGCUUUCGGCGCAGAUGCAAUGUUUCGGCGGUGUGAAUUCGAUGUUCGCGCGAAAUGCGGGCAAUGGCACUUCUUUCAGCUGGCGCGAUACUAGUCUUGGCUGUGUGAUGGACUGCUUCCAUACUGAUGAGACUGAAGCGCGGGCCAAUGAUUGGCAGAAGGUCAAUGACGCGGAGGCGAUCGGGCCUAAUGGGCUAUUUUCCAAGGAGGAUCGUCGCGUGCUCUGGGGUUCAUGGGGAGAUUGGAAUCUCGAUAACGUCUGGCACUGCUAUUAUGAGGAUCGCGCCAAAUAUGAGAAGUUGCAACAGAUUCGGAAGAGAGUCGAUCCGUAUGAUAUCUUCACGCCAAACCCCUUUUCGGUCAAGAGAGCCGAAUAA